UGGCAGGGAUCGGCAUCGCUCGCCAUUAAUUGUCACCGAAAGAGGUGCCUAUUGAACCUGCAGCAGCCCUGAACAUCGGACCUUGCGCGAUAUAUUGGGGCGGGGGCAAUCUCCAGAAAAGGCUUCCGCCAGAACGGGCAGCCUGCCUGCCUCAAGCGGGCUACGCGGCUGGGCCCCUUCUGCCUUUCCUGGAGCGCCGCCUGCCUUUCUAGCUCCCUCUCCUCCGCCUCCUUGACCCAAGAGGAGGAGGAGGAGGAGAAGGAGAGCUGGGAGGUGGAGCAGGGCUACGGGGCGGAGCAGGGCGGGCUGGCUGGCUGGCGGCGGCCACGGUCGGUUAGGUCUCCCCCGCCGCAGCAGCUGCACACGCGCCCCCCACCCGCCGUCUCCGCUUUCGUCUCCUUCCAGUGACCUCGAGAGUUGUCAGCCAUGAGCAAUCCUUUUGCACAUCUUGUGGAGCCACUGGACCCCAGCCAGCCAACAAAGACAUUUUUCAACUUGAACUGCUUGAAAGACCCAAGAUAUGCACGCUUGCCAUAUUCUAUCAGAGUCUUGCUGGAGUCAGCAGUCCGCAGUUGCGAUGAGUUCCUGGUGAAGAAGGCCGAUGUUGAAAACAUCCUAAAUUGGAAUGUGAUGCAGCACAAGAACAUUGAAGUGCCGUUUAAGCCUGCACGAGUUAUUCUACAAGACUUUACAGGUGUCCCCGCAGUGGUUGAUUUUGCUGCUAUGCGUGAUGCUGUGAAGGUAUUGGGAGGUGACCCGGAAAAAAUCAACCCCAUCUGUCCUGCAGAUUUAGUUAUUGAUCAUUCCAUCCAAGUAGAUUUUAACAGAAGGCCUGACAGUUUACAGAAAAAUCAAGACCUGGAGUUUGAAAGGAACAAAGAAAGAUUUGAGUUCUUGAAGUGGGGUUCUCAAGCCUUCCAGAACAUGAGAAUCAUUCCCCCAGGCUCUGGGAUUGUCCAUCAAGUGAAUUUAGAGUACUUAGCACGAGUUGUCUUUGAUCAGCAUGGAUACUAUUACCCGGACAGCGUGGUGGGCACUGAUUCACAUACCACAAUGAUUAAUGGCUUAGGAGUGCUUGGCUGGGGUGUUGGUGGCAUUGAAGCAGAAGCAGUGAUGUUGGGCCAGCCAAUCAGCAUGGUGCUUCCUGAAGUGAUUGGUUACAAAUUGAUAGGAAAUCCGAAUCCGCUUGUCACAUCUACAGAUAUAGUGCUUACAGUUACCAAGCACCUACGCCAGGUUGGGGUUGUGGGCAAAUUUGUAGAGUUCUUUGGGCCCGGGGUAACUCACCUGUCUAUUGCCGAUCGAGCCACCAUUGCCAACAUGUGCCCAGAGUAUGGAGCUACUGCAGCCUUCUUCCCUGUUGAUGAAGUUAGCAUCAAGUACCUGGUUCAAACAGGCCGUGAUGAAGAGAAGAUUACAUUUAUAAGAAAAUACCUUGAGGCUGCAGGAAUGUUUAGAGAUUUCAGCAACUCUUCUCAGGAUCCAGCUUUUACUCAGAUUGUAGAGUUGGAUUUGCAAACGGUUGUGCCUUGCUGUAGUGGCCCUAAAAGACCACAGGACAAAGUAAUAGUCUCUGAAAUGAAGAAGGACUUUGAGACCAGCUUGGGAGCUAAGCAAGGGUUUAAAGGCUUUCAAAUUGCUCCUGAGCAUCACAGCAACCUUGUGAAAUUUGUUUACAGUAACAAGGAGUUUGAACUGACUCAUGGGUCAGUUGUGAUUGCUGCCAUUACCAGCUGUACCAACACUAGCAAUCCUUCUGUUAUGCUAGGAGCCGGAUUGCUUGCAAAGAAAGCUGUGGAGGCUGGCCUGACUGUGAAGCCAUACAUUAAAACUAGCUUGUCCCCUGGAAGCGGAGUAGUCACUUACUAUCUGAGAGAGAGUGGAGUUAUGCCUUACCUUGCUCAGCUAGGGUUUGAUGUGGUGGGUUAUGGAUGUAUGACAUGCAUUGGUAACAGUGGACCUCUGCCAGAACCAGUUGUUGAAGCCAUUGCCCAGGGAGACCUUGUAGCUGUGGGUGUGCUGUCUGGAAACAGGAACUUUGAGGGCCGUGUCCAUCCAAAUACUCGUGCCAAUUAUCUGGCCUCUCCGCCAUUGGUAAUAGCCUAUGCCAUUGCAGGCACCGUAAGGAUUGACUUUGAGAAGGAGCCUCUAGGUGUAAAUGCUCAAGGGAAGAAGGUCUUUCUAAAAGACAUUUGGCCCAUGAGAGACGAGAUCCAAACUGUUGAACGCCAGUAUGUCAUUCCAGGGAUGUUUAAAGAGGUCUACCAGAAAAUAGAGACAGUAAACAAAGCUUGGAAUGCACUAGAUGUCUCGUCAGACAAGCUGUAUGCUUGGAAUCCAAAAUCCACAUAUAUUAAAUCUCCCCCAUUUUUUGAAAAUUUGACUCUGGAACUUCCACCUCCUAAAUCUAUAAUUGAUGCCUAUGUCCUGCUAAACCUUGGAGAUUCUGUGACUACUGAUCACAUAUCUCCAGCUGGGAAUAUAGCAAGAAACAGCCCAGCUGCCCGUUAUUUAACCAGCAGAGGUUUAACUCCUAGAGAUUUCAACUCUUAUGGCUCACGCCGGGGUAACGAUGCUGUCAUGGCUAGAGGAACAUUUGCAAACAUACGCUUACUGAACAAAUUUCUCAACAAACAGGCCCCUCAAACCAUACACUUCCCUUCUGAAGAAACCCUUGAUGUGUUUGACGCUUCGGAGCGGUACCAGCAAGCAGGCCACCCGCUCAUUGUGCUGGCUGGUAAGGAGUAUGGUUCAGGAAGCUCCCGGGACUGGGCUGCUAAAGGGCCUUUUCUGCUGGGCAUCAAAGCAGUUCUUGCAGAGAGUUAUGAGCGGAUUCACCGCAGUAAUCUGGUAGGAAUGGGGGUGAUUCCUCUGCAGUAUUUGCCAGGCCAAGAUGCUGACAGCCUGGGCCUGACGGGGCGCGAACGUUAUACAGUCGUCGUUCCUGAUGAGCUAAUGCCUGGAAUGAAUGUCCAAGUCAAGCUGGAUACAGGGAAAGCCUUCCAAGCCAUAAUGAGGUUUGACACAGAUGUGGAGCUCACUUAUUUCCGUAAUGGUGGCAUCUUGAACUAUAUGAUUCGUAAAAUGGCAUCCUAGUCCCACAUUGUGAUUGAGCCAGUGUCUAAUCACUAGGAAACCUGCCUUUUUGUAACCAGAGAAAUGCACAGUAAUAAAGGAAAAAUUAGUGUCUAAAACCAGAAGUGAAUUAAGUAUAUGUGGGGUUGUAUUAUUUGAGGGGAUGUUUACACUAUUAGAAUGAGUCUAGGCACCUUGCCCACUGAGCCAAUCUGGUAUUGUGUGUAUGAAAUUCAUCCUGCCUACAAUACCUUAUUUCAUCAAUCUAUUUUGUAUGUGUAGGUGGAAUGAUAUUUUUUAUAAUUGUGACACAAUAAAUGAAAUCCAGACAUCA